UUGCUUGGUAUCUUCCCUUUACCUGGCCAGUCUCCUCCUCCCUAUCUGGCAUCCCCCUUCUUCCUUGCUGUCAUUGUCCCUCUUCCCUGGUGUUGCCCACCCUCUGCCUGGCACUCUCACUGACCUAGAACCUCUGUCUCUUACCCCUUCUAGCCGACUCCAUUCAGCCCCAUCUCUGACACCUCAUCCCUACCUAAUACCCUCUCUUCUCACCCCUACUUUGAACCUUCCCACCCUCCUUCCACCUGCAUCCCCUCCCCCUGUCCUUGUCUGGCACCCUGCUGCCUGGCACCUUCCCUUCCCUGUCUGGCACCACCCUCCUUCUCACUGCCUGGCACCUCCCUCUUGCCUAGCACUUUCUCCACCUGCUCCUCCUGGCAGCCUUCUCCCACUUGCCCUAUCUGGCAUCCUCUCCCUCCUUCCCUACCUGGCACCUUCCUUCCUGCCCACUGCCUGGCAUCUUCACAGACUCCACUUGCUACCCCCCUCCAUGGACAGUCCUCUCCCAUUCAAGUUAUCUCUCUGUCCUCACGGCCUGCGGACUCCCGUCCCCGGCCUCAGACUUUACCCCCUUUCCUGUUCACGCACAUCUCCCUCAGACCCUCUUGGCUCUCCUGUCACACGCCCCACAUCCCACCUCAGCAUCCUCAGCUGGGUCCCACUCCAUCUUCCACGCUUGGCCAGUGAAUCUCUGCCCAUAGGCUCUGCAUGUUCCUGAACCGGACCACUCUCAAACCUGUCCUCCCAUCCCACCCUACGGCACUUUAUGCUCUUGCUCCAAGCCUGAGGCCUUUCUGCUCUUCCCAGGAGGGAAAGGCCACUGGAUCUGGGGUGAACCCAGAAGGCAGUGCGUACAGGAGAGCCGGGAGCCGGGAGCCGUUGUUGGUUUCGUGCAGGUGACCACCUACCUGCCCAUCAGGGGCUGCCUUUGAUGCUAGGUGUAAUCCUGAUUAGAAGGUCUCUUUUAGCCUCAAAUUUCCAUUCACACCCCUAAGACCUGGUGGAGACAGGUCAGCUCAAGGCUGAAGUUCUCUGUUCUGGGCCCUCAUCCAUUUGCAUCAGGCACACACGGUUCCUACUUAUGUUCUUCCUUGAGUUCCCUGGCCUCGGUUGGCUUGUGCUGGCCCCAGGACGUGGCCCCUUCUGCACAAUUUCCCAGAUUCUUCCUCAGACCGCCUGACCUCCUUUGAAAGGAGGCCUGGAACCUAGCCUCCCUCCAAGGCCCUUUGGAGCCUGCCCUAGGGGCUCUGGGCCCAGGCCACGCCUCCCACAGCCCUCUCCUUUCAGAUCCUCCUCAGCAUGGCCCUUGGUGCUACAGGCGUGGCAGGCUCUGGGCCGGGGCACCAAAGGGGCACUGGAUGACUGCCCAGUUGCAGGACCCUGCCAUCUAUGACUCCAGGUCUUCAGCACCUACCCACCGUGGUACAGCGCCCCGGGAUGCCGUCUGGAGCCCGAAUGCCCCACCAGGGGGCGCCCAUGGGCCCCCCGGGCUCCCCGUACAUGGGCAGCCCCGCCGUGCGACCCGGCCUGGCCCCCGCGGGCAUGGAGCCCGCCCGCAAGCGAGCAGCGCCCCCGCCCGGGCAGAGCCAGCCACAGGGCCAGGGCCAGCCUGUGCCCACCGCCCCCGCGCGGAGCCGCAGGGUCCUUGUGAAUGUGGUGUGUCCCUUGGUUGGCAAAUGGUCCAAGACCACAAGCGCCUCCUGCCCUUAAACAGUCCCUUCCAAGCCCAGAGCGGCAGGAGUGCCAAGUCCCACCAGCUUCACACCACGACGGCUCCCGGAACCAGUGCCAAGAGGAGGAAGAUGGCUGACAAAAUCCUCCCUCAAAGGAUUCGGGAGCUGGUCCCUGAGUCCCAGGCUUACAUGGACCUCCUAGCAUUCGAGAGGAAGCUGGAUCAAACUAUCAUGCGGAAGCGAGUGGACAUCCAGGAGGCCCUGAAGAGGCCCAUGAAGCAAAAGCGAAAGCUGCGCCUUUAUAUCUCCAAUACUUUUAACCCUGCGAAGCCCGAUGCUGAAGAUUCUGAUGGCAGCAUUGCCUCCUGGGAGCUGCGGGUGGAGGGGAAGCUCUUGGAUGAUGUACGUCCUGGCCCAGUCCCUGUCACUUUCCCACAGCCCAGUAAGCAGAAACGGAAGUUCUCUUCCUUCUUCAAGAGCUUGGUCAUUGAGCUGGACAAAGAUCUUUAUGGCCCUGACAACCACCUUGUGGAGUGGCAUCGGACACCUACAACCCAGGAGACAGAUGGAUUCCAAGUGAAGAGGCCAGGGGACUUGAGUGUGCGCUGUACCCUGCUCCUUAUGCUGGACUAUCAGCCUCCUCAGUUCAAACUGGACCCUCGCUUAGCCCGGCUGCUGGGGUUGCAUACACAGAGCCGCUCAGCCAUUGUGCAGGCACUGUGGCAAUACGUGAAGACCAACCGGCUGCAGGACUCCCAUGACAAGGAGUACAUCAAUGGAGACAAGUACUUCCAGCAGAUUUUUGACUGUCCCCGCCUGAAGUUCUCUGAGAUUCCGCAGCGCCUCACAGCCCUGCUGCUGCCCCCUGACCCAAUUGUCAUCAACCAUGUCAUCAGCGUGGACCCAUCAGACCAGAAGAAGACAGCAUGCUAUGACAUUGAUGUGGAGGUAGAGGAGCCACUGAAGGGGCAGAUGAGCAGCUUUCUCCUGUCCACGGCCAACCAGCAGGAGAUCAGCGCUCUGGACAGUAAGAUCCACGAGACGAUUGAGUCCAUAAACCAGCUCAAGAUCCAGAGGGACUUCAUGCUAAGUUUCUCCAGAGACCCCAAAGGCUACGUCCAAGAUCUGCUCCGCUCUCAGAGCCGAGACCUCAAGGUGAUGACAGAUGUGGCCGGUAACCCUGAAGAGGAACGCCGGGCUGAGUUCUACCACCAGCCCUGGUCCCAGGAAGCAGUCAGCCGCUACUUCUACUGUAAGAUCCAGCAGCGCAGGCAGGAGCUGGAGCAAUCGCUGGUCGUGCGCAACACCUAGGAGCCCGUGAACAAGCAUCACUGUAGACCAGCCAGCCACACUGUCCAGCAUAGGCCCUGGAUUCUGGGCCUCCCUCCCCUGUUGCUGUGGGGUUGGGGGUGGGGGAGUGGGGAGGACUGGAUUAAAGGUCACUCAUCAGACA